AUGGAAGUUGUGGCGUGCAAGGCAAAACAGAGCAGUUGCACAUUGCGGCCCGCAGCAGCAGCAGCAGCAGCCAUGCUUUUCCACGGCAUCUCCGGUGAACACAUCCAGGGCAUCAUGGAGGAAAUGGAGAGGAGGAACAAAACCGAGUCACGCCUGGCCAAAGCUGUGCAGAUGAACGGAAGGGACACGAGCAUGCCUUCCAUGAGCCCGGAGAAACCGGCCCUGUGUGCGGGCUGCGGGGGCAAAAUCUCGGAUCGAUAUUAUUUACUAGCGGUGGAUAAGCAGUGGCAUCUGCGCUGCCUCAAAUGCUGCGAAUGUAAACUAGCACUGGAGUCCGAGCUCACCUGCUUCGCCAAAGACGGCAGCAUUUACUGCAAAGAAGAUUACUACAGAAGGUUCUCUGUGCAGCGAUGCGCGCGCUGUCACCUGGGCAUCUCGGCCUCAGAAAUGGUGAUGCGCGCCCGCGACUCCGUCUAUCACCUGAGCUGCUUUACCUGCACGUCCUGCCACAAAACUCUGAGCACCGGGGACCAAUUCGGCAUGAAGGAAAGCAUGGUGUACUGCCGUUUGCACUUCGAGAGCCUCAUGCACGGAGAGUACCCGCACCAGCAGCAUCCACAGCUUAACUACGCCGAGCUGGCUGCUAAGGGCGCGAGCCUGGCACUGCCAUACUUUAACGGCACCGGCACGGUGCAGAAAGGACGACCGCGGAAACGCAAGAGCCCGGCCAUGGGGAUAGACAUCAGCUCUUACAACUCGGGUUGUAACGAAAACGAUUCCGAGCAUCUGGAUCGAGACCAGCAGGCUUACACUACGUCGCAGAAAACCAAACGCAUGCGCACAUCCUUCAAGCAUCACCAGCUUCGCACCAUGAAGUCCUACUUCGCCAUCAAUCACAAUCCUGAUGCCAAGGAUUUAAAGCAGCUUGCACAGAAAACUGGCCUGACCAAAAGAGUGCUGCAGGUCUGGUUCCAAAACGCGCGGGCCAAAUUCAGACGGAACGUUUUGCGGCAGGAGAGCGGGGGUGUCGAGAAGGCUGACGGCACGUCACUUCCCGCACCCUCCUCGGACAGCGGUGCUCUGACCCCGCCGAGCACAGCCAGCACGCUAACAGACUUGACUAAUCCCUCUAUCACCGUAGUCACCUCAGUCACCUCUAGUUUGGACAGCCACGAGUCUGGGAGUCCCCCCCAAACCACCCUGACGAACCUUUUCUAACACAGGCCUGAAGUUUUGUGCUGUGUCCUGUGUUAUGUUUUCAAAUAUGGCUUUUUCUUGCUGUUCACAAAACCACCGUUUAACAACCGGAGACAUGAGGAAGAAGUCGAUACAGUCACCUCAAGGCUGGACAGCCAUGAUUACAGACCACCUUAAUAUAUAAAUUUUUUUCUUAACCCCCUGCAAAUUUUUUGCCCGUAUUUCAACAACAGAUGGACUCACCGACAAAGUAGUCAUUUCACUAUGCUCUUUAAAUCUUUUUACUUUUAAAGAAGCCAGAGCC